ACCACAACUCCACAACUCUGUGUCGCUCUCUCUCUCUCGCCGUUUUCGUUUUCAUGGUAACAAGGUUCCAACUUUUAAGCAGUUUUCUAAUUCUAUCUAUUUACUUUCUUUGUACAUACUCUGUUCGAUUUCCGAGAAUCCGUAUCGAGCUUAAAGAAACUGAAAUAUCGAGAGCUCAACCAACACAUUUAUGUUUCGUUCUUUCAUUAUUGUUGUUAUUGUUUUUUUUAAGACUGAAACUCUCAGUCAGUCUCUGAUGCUCUCUCUGUUGCUGUGAAUGCGGUGUUGGUUGUGUAUUCGAUGCUUUUGAGAAUCAAAAGCUGUUUUAGAAUCAGAACCGAAGCUUUGGGAUUAAAAUUAAUGGAGUGCGAAUUGCUUUCUCUGAGAAUGCGUAGCCCGCCGCUUGGUUUUCGAUUUCAGUUCCCCAAUAAGCUUCAUACUACCAGUUCUAGAUCACUGAUAGUUCCUAUUCGAUCAAAAUCUUCGUCUUGUGCUGCUCUCAGUGUUGUAGAGUCGAACCCCACCAAUGAUUUGGAUCUAUCUGAUACUCGAAACUCGCCAACUCAGGUUCAUGAAGGGUUUAAGAGAACACCCAGAAAGGAAAUGAGUCGUAAUUGGCCUAAUUCAGUGUCUAUGAAUGAGAAGAUUGAUGAAAAUGUGAGAAGUAGGCCUGUGAAUUUGGAUAGGAAGGAGAGGUUAAGGCGUUAUUCUGGGAUGCUGCGUGAUUGUGCUUCAAAAAGGCGUUUGAAUGAGGGGAGGGCCAUUCAUGGGCAAGUGAUUAAGAGCGGGAUUGACCCGGAUUCUCAUUUGUGGGUUUCAUUGGUUAAUGCUUAUGCUAAAUGUGGGAGUUCUGUGUGUGCGCGUCGUGUGCUUGAUCAAAUGCCUGAAAGGGAUGUUGUGUCUUGGACUGCAUUGAUACAAGGGUUUGUUGCUGAAGGAUGCGGUAGUGAUGGUGUUAGUUUGUUUUGUGAGAUGAAGAGGGAAGGUGUGAGACCGAAUGAGUUCACGUUGGCAACUGGGUUGAAAGCUUGUGCUCUGUGCAUGAAUUUGAGUUUUGGGAAGCAGGUGCAUGCAGAAGCAAUCAAAGUUGGGUGCUUUUUGGAUUUGUUUGUUGGGUCUGUUCUUGUUGACCUUUAUGCAAAAUGUGGUGAGAUGGAGCUUGCGGAUAGAGUUUUCUGUUGCAUGCCUGAGCAGAAUGAUGUCUCAUGGACUGCCUUGCUUAAUGGUUACGCUCAGGUGGGUGGUGGAAAAGAAGUAUUGAGACUGUUUGGUAGAAUGAGAGAAUCAGAGAUGAAGUUCAGCAAGUUCACCUUGUCUACUGUCCUCAAGGGUUGUGCCACCUCAGGGAAUUUGAGAGAAGGCCAGGCCGUGCAUUCUGUGGCAAUCAAAAUUGGGUGUGAAAUAGAUGAGUUUUUGGGUUGUAGUCUUGUGGAUAUGUACUCUAAGUGCGGGCUGGCAUAUGAUGCACUAAAAGUGUUUAAGACAAUCAAAGAUCCUGAUGUAGUAGCCUGGAGUGCAAUCAUCACCUGCCUUGAUCAGCAAGGUCAUAGCCAAGAAGCUGCUCAGCUAUUUCACAUGAUGAGAUAUGCAGGUGUCCCACCAAAUGAAUUUAGCUUUUCAAGUCUUGUUAGUGUUGCCGCUGUUUUGGGAGACCUGCAGUAUGGUGAAAGCAUCCAUGCUUGUAUAUGCAAGUAUGGAUUUGAAAAUGAUAUGUUAGUCAACAAUGCCUUAAUCACUAUGUACAUGAAAAAUGGAUUUCCACAGGCUGGUACCCGAGUGUUUGAGGCAAUGGGAGAUCACGACUUGGUUUCGUGGAAUGCCCUUUUGUCUGGAUGCCAUGGCUAUGAAAUCUGCAAUCUAGGGCCAAGAAUCUUCUAUCAGAUGCUUCUGGAAGGUUUCAUACCUAAUAUGUACUCGUAUAUCAGUGUUUUAAGGUCUUGUUCUAGCCUCUUGGAUCUACGCUUUGGAAAGCAAGUACAUGCCCAUGUUAUAAAAAACUCCCUUGAUGGUAAUGAUUUUGUUGGGACAGCUCUUAUUGACAUGUAUGCCAAGAGCAGGUGCUUGGAAGAUGCUGAUGUAGUUUUCAAUAGGUUGAUUAAACGUGAUCUCUUUACUUGGACAGUCAUCAUUACUUGCUAUGCACAAACUGAUCAAGCAGAGAGGGCUGUUAAGUGCUUCAGUUUGAUGCUACAAGAAGGUGUAAAGCCCAAUGAGUUUACUCUUGCCAGCUGUUUAAGUGGUUGCUCCCAUCUAACUGCUCUGGAAACUGGGCAGCAGCUUCAUUCUAUGGCAAUUAAGGGUGGGCAUAGUGAUAUAUUUGUUUCAAGUGCACUUGUUGAUAUGUAUGCAAAGUCGGGAUGCUUAGAAGAUGCUGAGGCUAUUUUUGAGGGCUUGGUUCUACGGGAUGCUGUCUCAUGGAACACAAUGAUAUGCGGAUACUCGCAAAAUGGGCAAGGACUGAAAGCUCUUGAAACUUUUUGGACAAUGUCAGAUGAAGGCACCAUGCCAGAUGAGGUUACCUUCCUAGGUGUUCUUUCUGCAUGUAGCCACAUGGGUUUAGUUGAAGAAGGGAAAAAACAGUUUAAUGCACUGAGUGAAAUUUUUGGGAUUACGCCUACAAUUGAGCAUUAUGCUUGUAUGGUUGAUAUUCUUGGUCGGGCUGGAAAGUUUGAUGAGGUCAAAUGCUUUAUCGAGAAUAGGAAGCUAGAGCCACAUGCGUUGAUUUGGGAGACUGUUCUUGGAGCUUGUAAAAUGCAUGGAAAUUUGGAAUUUGGAGAAAAAGCUGCAGAGAAACUUUUUGAGCUUCAACCUGAGAUAGACUCAAAUUAUAUAUUGCUGUCUAAUAUUUUUGCAGCCAAAGGUAGGUGGGAUGAUGUCAGAAAGGUCAGGACAUUGAUGUCCAGUCAGGGUGUUAAGAAGGAACCUGGAUGUAGCUGGGUAGAGAUCAAUGGUCAAGUCCACACAUUUGUGUCUCAAGAUGGUUCACAUCCCAAAAUCAGGGAAAUAUAUAUAAAGUUAGAGGAGCUCAGCCAAAAACUCUCUUCAGUAGGUUAUAUUCCAAAAACGGAACAUGUGCUUCAUAAUGUCACUGACAAAGAGAGAGAGGAAUAUCUUAAUCAUCAUAGUGAAAGAUUGGCUCUUGCUUUUGCCCUUAUAAGCACCAACCCUGUCAAAACAAUUAGAAUUUUCAAAAACCUACGCAUCUGUGAAGACUGCCAUGAUGUUAUGAAGUUCCUCUCAGACAUCACAAAUCGGGAAAUAGUUGUUCGUGACAUUAAACGCUUCCACCAUUUUAAGAAUGGCACUUGCUCCUGUCAGGAUUAUUGGUGAUUUGGCUCCAGAGGCAUUUAGCUUGUUGAUCUGCAUUCAAAUUUCAGUCUAAUCCUUACUAGUGAAGUAACCAUGUCCCAAGGGUUACUAUUCAGGGAAAGAAACUUACAAGCAAGGUUAUGUUUCCUUGAUGAAUUAAUAUUAGAAACACCAAGAAACAUACAAUACACCAAGGUGAAGUGUGAACUUGUAGUAUUUGUCAGUGAUUCAUUUCCAAAUAUUCUAUCCAGGUGCUAAAUCCAAAUGGAGCUUCUAUGUUAAGCAAAGAUGAAUAUUGGAAUGCCAGUGUAGUUGCUCCCCCUUGGUGCAAAUUCCCAGUAAUGCCCUGUCUUUAUGGAGGCCAUCUUUUAGUUGGAUUGAUGGAGUAAACUGAAAGGUACAAGUGCCGCCAGUUAUACAGAGAUUUGAAUGCCUUAAGAAUGCUGCUGCUGCUGCUGUUUUAGAUUCUUUUGGUGCAAUUUUUGUUCUCAGAACCAAGGAGCCAGGACUUAUGUAUUUGCAUUUUCUUAGAAGUACGGAUGUGUUUGGCAAAUCUUUGUCCAGAUAAAGGCUUCUUGAACCAUGUGUAUUGGAGAAUGGGCAAUAUGAACCGAGAGAGAAGACAGCACACUGGGACAACUUACAAGAACUGCUGUUGAGUAAAAGAAGAAAACUGUGGUUGUGCUGACUGAACUGGAAACUUCCUGGCCUGGCUUCUAUACCAUUUGAAGUUUGAAAGUUGUAUGUGGAUCUUGCAAGACCAUUAUUUGUGGGUAUGUUCUGUCCAGAAUUUGAUGGAUACAAAUUUUCAAUGGUAACAUGACACCGCCCUGAGGUGUGCAUCAUUUUUCAUUUGAUGUCAAAGUCUCAUUAUGCUUGUGGGCAACUAAUACUAUUUGCAGGAGUGCAGAUGACUUGGUUUAGUAUCACAUUUCCCCUGUUGGGUUCCUGUCUUGCAAUCAAGGAGCGCAGGUUGAUUAAAUGUCAGUAGGGCAUCCAAGAUUUGUAUGCAUUCUUGCUUCGAUAUAGUCAUCCAUGCUCAUUCCCACUUCAUCUGAUCUUAGCGUCUUGAUGUAACAACAAUCAAAGAAAGUAAUUUUGUCUUGUUCAGCAUUUUAUAGGGUACCUCGAUCUGUGUUCAAUGAGUGGACCUCCAGACACAUUGAUGAAUUCUUGCUUCAUCCCUCCCUGUUCCUCCUGUCUUCCACUGUUUCUGUCUUUGAUAUAUGGAACAAUCCUAUUCCACAUUUGGAAGGCUGAGAUUUUGAUUCUCUCACGUAGCAGCAUCUGAAAUUGAAGUUUUCAUAAGAUUUUUAUUUUUUUAUUUUUUUGGUUUUAGCUUUAGACGGGGUUGAGGAUUUGUUGAGUUGAGUGAACAUAUAAAGACACAAGGUCCAGAUUACAUUAUUUUCAACUCCAGGUCCUUGUCUGACCCUUCCUUACUAAGAGGGUAGUAGUAGUACUAGUACCCUGCUUCUAUGAAAUGUGCUAUUACCAGUUGCUACUUGCUUCUAUAUAAAUAAAGUUAGUUUUCAUUGUAUUA